CGCUACUCAAAGCUCUUGCAGCUGGUCAGUCCAGCCUCUUGGGACUUUGACUCGCCUGACCGCGGAGCUCCUGACCAGGGGUGUCCGGGGAUGCCGCUCGGACGCUUUCUACGAGGAGCUUAAACCCGCCCCGCUGCCGCCCGGAUGGGACCGCCGGAGUGCUCUAAAGUCUGCAGUGAAUAUUGAAUCCUGAGGAAUUUGGGGAAAGACAUUCCAUGGAUCCCUUGGGUGCACCUUCCCAGUUUGUGGAUGUGGACACACUGCCAAGCUGGGGCGACUCAUGGGAAGAUGAAUUAAAUACUUCUGAUACUGCAGCUGAAACGUUUCAGGAAGACACUAUUAGAUCACCUUUUCUUUACAAUAAGGAUAUCAAUGGGAAAGUGAUUCUUUGGAAAGGAGAUGUGGCAUUACUGAACUGUACAGCCAUUGUGAAUACCAGCAAUGAAAAUCUUACAGAUAAGAAUCCUGUGUCAGAUAGUAUCUUCAUGCUCGCAGGACCUGAUUUGAAGGAGGACCUCCAGAAACUUAAGGGUUGCCGGACAGGUGAAGCAAAACUGACAAAAGGAUUUAAUCUAGCUGCCCGGUUCAUCAUUCAUACAGUGGGACCUAAAUACAAGAGCCGCUAUCGCACAGCCGCGGAGAGUUCCCUGUACAGCUGCUACAGAAACGUGCUUCAGUUGGCCAAAGAGCAAUCAAUGUCUUCUGUGGGAUUCUGUGUCAUCAAUUCUGCAAAACGAGGUUACCCUUUAGAGGAUGCAACACACAUAGCGCUUCGCACUGUAAGGAGAUUCCUAGAAAUUCAUGGAGAGACCAUUGAAAAAGUAGUAUUUGCUGUCUCUGAACUAGAAGAGGCUACUUACCAAAAGCUGCUACCUCUGUACUUCCCAAGGUCACUAAAGGAGGAAUACCGAUCAUUGCCAUACCUACCUGCAGAUAUUGGAAAUGCAGAAGGGGAGCCUGUGGUACCUGAACGACAGAUUAGAAUAUGUGAAAAACCUGGUGCCCCAGAAGACAACCAAGAAGAGGAAGCUGAAGGCUUGGGAGUUGACCUCUCUUUCAUCGGCUCUCAUGCUUUUGCUCGAAUGGAAGGAGAUAUUGACAAGCAAAGACGACUGAUCCUUCAGGGACAGUUAUCAGAGGCAGCCCUGCAGAAGCAGCAUCAAAGAAAUUACAAUCGCUGGUUAUGUCAAGCAAGAUCUGAGGAUCUAUCUGAUAUUGCUUCUCUAAAAGCCUUAUACCAAACAGGUGUUGAUAACUGUGGUCGCACAGUGAUGGUGGUAGUUGGAAGAAACAUUCCUGUCACAUUAAUAGAUAUGGACAAGGCUCUCUUAUAUUUUAUCCAUGUAAUGGAUCACAUUGCUGUGAAAGAAUAUGUAUUAGUGUAUUUUCACACACUGACCAGCGAAUACAAUCACCUGGACUCUGACUUCCUGAAGAAGCUCUACGAUGUUGUUGAUGUCAAAUACAAGAGGAAUUUGAAGGCUGUUUAUUUUGUUCAUCCAACAUUUCGUUCAAAGGUAUCAACAUGGUUUUUUACCACCUUUUCUGUCUCAGGACUGAAGGACAAAAUCCACCAUGUGGACAGCCUCCACCAGCUAUUCUCUGCCAUAUCACCAGAACAGAUUGACUUUCCUCCUUUUGUCCUUGAAUAUGAUGCCAGGGAAAAUGGGCCUUACUAUACGUCUUAUCCCCCAUCACCAGAUUUGUGACCUGCCGUCUUUUAGUGCUACUGGUUUCCAAGGACAUCACUUUCUCCACGAAUCGCUACCUAUUGAAGUGAAAUUCAUUUUUGCUGUUCAGAUCCAGAGAGCCUUUUGUCCCCACCUCUCUGGUAUUUUUUUAUUAACUGUAUAUUUUCUGGCACAUAAGCAAUCUGACAAUGGUAGGCCAUUCUGAACUGCACACUUAUUUUAAAUUUGUAUAUUUGUAUCAAAAGAAAAUGUUCAUUUUUAGAGGGUUGUUAAUAGAAAUUGGGGAGCAACUUUUGAGUAUCUUCAGUUUCCUGAAAGGACACUGGAUUUCCCAUUAGACAAGCCACCAGUAUUGUUUACGCCGUUUCUUUAACGUUGCACGCUUCCUUUGUGUACUUAAGUGUUUCUCAAAAUAUAUAGAACCAGUGUAUGCUGA